AUGGCUGCGCCGCAGAAAGAAGAGCGGAUCCCAAUAGCCAUCAUCGGCAUGGGGUGUCGAUUCCCAGGUGACGCAACUAGUCCGACCAAAUUCUGGGACAUGAUCAAGAACGGCCAAGGCAACAAAAGUCGGGUGAAUACGCUAGCAACCAAGGGCGGACACUUUCUCAGGGAGGACCCGUACAAGUGGGAUGCGGCCUUUUUCAAUAUUACAGCGGCUGAAGCCAACGCUUUGGACCCAAAACAGCGCAUCGUGAUGGAGGUCACUUACGAGGCAUUUGAAAACGCUGGUCUGCCAAUUCCAAAAGUCGCCGGCACCCAAACUGCAUGCUACAUUGGAUCUUCAACGAGCGACUACAGGGACAUGGUUACGCGGGACUUUGGGAACUGGCCCAAGUACUACAUAUUGGGUAAUUGUGAGGAGAUGAUCUCCAAUCGGGUGUCCCACUUCUUCGACAUUCACGGGCCCAGCGCCACCGUGCAGACAGCCUGCUCUUCGAGUCUUGUGGCCACCCACCUAGCCUGCCAGAGCCUGCACUCUGGGGAGUCUGAGAUGGCGGUUGCCGGGGGCAUAGGUCUCACGCUCACUCCAGACGGGAAUAUCCAGCUCGCAAAUUUAACCUUCCUCAACCCCGACGGCCACUCGAGGUCCUUCUCCGACGAUGCCGGCGGGUACGGCCGAGGCGAGGGUGCUGGCAUCCUCAUCCUGAAGCGACUAGACAAGGCCUUGAGGGAUGGAGAUCCCAUCCGUGCUGUGAUUCGGGCCUCGGGUGCCAACUCUGACGGAUGGACUCAGGGUGUGACACUACCCUCUAGCGAAGCGCAGGCGGCACUCAUCAAGUAUGUUUACGAGUCAAAUGGACUAGACUACUCAGACACUCAGUAUGUCGAGGCUCAUGGAACGGGGACUCCAGCAGGUGAUCCCCUUGAGGCUGGGGCCAUUUACAGGACGAUUGGAUCAGGUGCCACAAAGUCGCGAAAACUUUUGAUUGGAAGUAUUGGGCAUCUCGAGGCUGCUGCCGGUGUCGCGGGGAUAAUCAAGGGAGUAUUAGCGAUGGAAAAUGGUCUCAUACCGCCCAACAUCUACUUCAACAAGCCCAAUCCAGCCAUCCCAUUUGAGGAAUGGAACAUGAAAGUACCCACCAAGUUGACGCCAUGGCCUGUGUGCAAGACAAAACGGAUGAGCGUCAGCGGCUUUGGCAUGGGCGGCACCAACGGGCAUGUCGUGCUCGAGUCCUUCAAUCCCAACAAGUGGGUCGAUUUGCUGCCAGCAAAUGGAGUAUCACGCGAGGAUCCCAGCAGCAAGAAGAGACUCUUUGUUUUUAGCAGCCACGAUCAGGCAGGUUUCAAGCGCAUCGCCGAAAAGCUCGUCGGACACUUGGACGAUCUUGGUCCCGCCGCGUCGAGCCCAGGAUUCCUGGCGAAUUUGAGCCACACUUUGGCCACGGCGAGGUCUGGCUUGACAUGGAGGUGGAGCUGUGUGGCCGAGACUGCUGCCGAGCUCCGUCACCAGCUUUCCACCAAGGCCGGCGACGCCGCCACGCGAACCCCCGAGACCCAGCCCCGGAUUGGAUUUGUAUUUACUGGCCAGGGAGCGCAGUGGGCUGGAAUGGGCGUCGAGAUGUUGAAAUCUCACCACGUCUUCAGGGACUCGGUCCGAAGAUCUGCUAUACACUUGAAAUCACUUGGUUGCGAUUGGGAUCCUGUUGAGGAGCUCUCAAGGCCCAAGGGGGAGUCGCGACUCAAGUCACCCAUGAUCAGUCAGCCGAUCUGCACCGUUCUUCAGGUCGCCUUGGUUGACGAACUGCGCUCCUGGGGUGUAAUUCCUAAAAGGGUUGUUGGCCACUCGAGUGGUGAGAUUGGAGCGGCCUAUAGCGCUGGCAUACUUACACACGAGGAUGCUAUCGAGAUUGCAUACCUUCGAGGAAAGUGCUCAACCGGCCUCGCCGAUUUGAAGGGGGGUAUGAUUGCUGUUGGAUGCUCGCACCAGCAGGCCAGCUCGAUCCUGGAGAAGCAUCACGGGGAUCUCGGCAGAAGGGUGACUGUAGCAUGUGUCAAUUCUCCAAGCAGUGUCACGCUCUCUGGGGACUAUGAAGCUCUCGAAAAGCUUCGUGGCAUUCUGGAAGGGGAAAAGAUGUUUGCACGUAUGCUACUAGUCGACGUUGCAUAUCACUCCAGCCAUAUGCAGCGCGUAGCUGGGGAAUAUGGUGCUUCAAUGGCUGACAUUGAACCGAUACCGGCCUCCGCCGAGGAUCCCGACAGGACCAUCAUGUUCUCCAGCGUUACUGCCUCUGAAGUGGCCCCGGAACUUAUGGGAAGUUACUACUGGGUUCGCAACCUCGUCUCUCCCGUCCUCUUUGAAGGUGCGGUCAAAGAAAUGCUCUCUGGAAACGAACCUGGAGCAGACGCCGCCGCCCCUGCCGCCAGCAAGUCUCUAGACCUUUUGAUAGAAAUCGGCCCUCACAGUGCGCUAGGAGGACCCAUCGAACAGAUCCUUUCGCACUACAGCUUUAAUGGCAUCAACUACAAGUCGGCACUCCGUCGCCUGCAAAAUGCUACAGACACAAUCUUGGAUCUCGGCGCGGCCCUGUUUGCCGAGGGCGUUCCGAUACAAUCACAACAGGUGAACGGCGACUCUCAUUGCCAGCUGCUUACAAACCUGCCCCCUUACCCCUGGAAUCACUCCAAGGUUUUCCGUUGCGAUUCUCGUAUUGCAAAAGAGCUUCUAGCCCAGUCCUUUGACACCAGAAGUCUCCUUGGCAGCCCGGUGCCCAUGAUGGACGAGACUCAACGCGUCUGGCGUAGUUUUAUCCGGCUCGAGGACGAACCCUGGCUCCGAGGUCACAUGGUUGGAAGCACGGUGCUUUUACCAGGGGCUGGUAUGACGAGCAUCGUUCUCGAAGCCGGAAAACAGCUAGUUUCGCCCGGCAAAACCGCCCGCGCCUUUCGUCUCCGCGACGUAUCCCUAUUUGCUGCCAUGGCUCUCCCAGAGGGUGUAGCGGUCGAGGUGAUAGUGCACAUGAGGCCUUUUCAACAAUCGACCCUGGGAUCUUCCCCAUCAGCCUGGUGGGAGUUUACCAUGUCAUCAUGUGUCGGUGGAGAUCAGCUGAGGGACAAUUGUCGUGGCCUAAUAACGAUCGACCACGUCGAAGAUACGACCACAGAAAUGGCAGAAGAGAAUGCCAUAAUUGAAGCCUUCGAGGUAGCCGAAUACCACCGCGUGCACAAUGUGUUGGAUCACGAAUACCCCAAGACCAGCUUCUACAACCACAUGAACAGCGCUUCCUGGAAAUAUGGAGAAGCCUUCCAGGGCAUUGAGGGCUGUCGUGUCGGUGACGGUCAAAGCACUUUUGAGAUCAGAAUCACUGAUAUUGGUGAAACAUACAGCAAAGGGAAACACGACCGACCUUUCCUCAUCCAUGCCGGCACACUGGAUGCCGUCUUCCAAAGCUGGCUGAGCAGCACUUGGAUUGGGGGCAAGGACGGGGGUUUCGACUUUACGAGGCCCUUUGUACCGGUUCACUUCACUGAGCUCGAAAUCUCAGCCGAGAUUCCCGGCGACGUGGAUUAUGUACUGCGCGGUCUUUGCCUGUCGCAGCGCUAUGGCAUUACUGAUCUAUCUGCCAACAUGUUCAUCUACGACAAGGAUGUCUCUAAGCCUUAUCUAGUGGUCAAGGACUUUCGUGUCGCCGAGCUCAAUAUGGACGAUGGUGGAGGCCAAAAACCGAACUACGUUGAUCCAACCGAUAUUACUGGAGAGAUUCGUUGGAACUACGCCUUGGAUAUAAUGGAGCCGCAAGACAUUUCUCACGUCAUGUCUGCCAUUCAGCCCAAGGAGAGAAUCAUCGAGGUUCGUUCACCUGUUUUUCUUUUUUUCUUUUUUCCUGACUUGUUAUAUUCGACAAGUGUUGUCUGUUGUUACUCAGUGUCCAAGUUAACAAUGCCACAGAUUAUAAAAAUGAUUCAUCACCUCAAACCAAGUUGCCAGGUUCUCGAAGUUACCCUUGACCAGGAACCGGUGCCAAAAUCAAUCAUCACUCAGCUCCCCGAGGGCGUCUUGUACCAAAACCAGGUGCGCUACGUCUUAGUCAACCCCAAGGUUGGCCUCAUCGACAUGGAAGAAUUGGAUGUCAGAGUGUCUUUGGAUACUCCAUCUGCAGGAACGGCCAAGAUUGGCGAAUUACCCAAGGCAGGCCUGGUGAUAAUUCCAAGCCAGCUGGCGAUGAUCAAAAAUUACGAGCAGCUUAUCGACGGUUUAAUUGGACUAGCCGAGCCAGACGCAAGAAUCAUAGUUACCACGGAGCAAGGACCACCACCUGCUGGAUUUGAAGACAAGGGGUGCACUCUGGAAUUUCAAGUUGAUGGAAACGAGCCAUUCUUUGUAUACAGGACUGCUGCUGCUGCUGCCAAGCCAAAGAGCUCCGCCAAAGACACGCCUACGCCUGCUCGACGGGCCGUGUUUAUCGAACCUCUGGAUGCAUCCGAAAAAUGUUCUGCAUUUUCGAAAUCUCUCCAGGAGAUUUUACAAUCUCAAGGCUACUCAACCUCAGCAAGGACCAUAUCCGACGGCGUUGAAACCGACGUUACAGAAAAUGAUAUAAUGGUAUCUCUGCUGGAGUUGGAAAAACCAGUGUUGGAUGACCUUGGCGAGAAAGAAUACGAGGUUAUCAAAGGAUUUUCGACGACGUUCCAGAGACUUCUUUGGGUGACAUGUGGCGAUAAUCCUUCUUUUGGAAUUAUCGACGGCCUGUCGCGCUCCAUCGAAAGCGAAAUCGCAGGCACUAGAUUCCAAGUCCUCCACCUUAGUGCAGCCACGGGGAUGCAGUACGGUCCAUCUCUGGCAGGACGCAUCUUGUCUUCAGAGGCCACCAGGGAUGAUGAAUUCCACGAGCGAGAUGGCCUAUUACAGGUGACGCGGAUAUAUAGGAGUCUGGCCGAGAAUGAUGCCAUCAAGGACCACCUUGAAGAUCGGACGCGGAUCACCCAAAUCGAUUCGGAUGCGGACCUUCGUUUGACAAUCGAAAGGCCCGGUCUGUUGGAUACUUUGAAGUUUAUCAAUGACGACCGCCUCGCUCUUCCUCUUGCAGACCACCAAGUUGAAAUCAAAGUCGCGGCCACGGGCAUCAACUUUCGAGACAUUAUGGCCUCCAUGGGACUCAUUCCCAUGUCGGUCUUGGGUCAGGAGGGCAGUGGUAUCAUUGAGAGGUUGGGAAGCAAGGCAGCGGGCAAGUUUCAAGUCGGGGACCGCGUAAGCUUCCUGGGGGUCGGCACACACGCGACCAAGGUUCGCGUAGACCACAACAUCGUGGCUAGAAUCCCCGACACGAUGACAUUCCAGGAGGCUGCUUGCAUCCCCGUCUGCUACACAACUGCCUAUCAUGCCUUGGUCAAUUUGGGGAGGCUCAGCAAGGGUAAAUCGAUUUUGAUCCAUGCAGCCGCCGGCGGUGUUGGCCAAGCCGCUGUGCAGAUUGCCAAAUAUCUUGGCGCCACGGUAUAUGUUAGCGUCGGUUCCGAAACCAAGCGAAAGCUGUUGGUGAGCACGUACGGGAUUUCAGAAGACCACAUAUUCAACUCGCGCGACCCCAGCUUCGCCAAAGGUAUAAUGCGCGUCACCAACGGCCGUGGUGUCGACUGUGUCCUCAACUCUCUCUCGGGUGAGCUUCUAAGGGCUUCCUGGGAGGUUUUGGCCACUUUUGGAACUUUUGUUGAGAUUGGCCUGCGCGACAUUCUCGACAAUUCGCGCCUCGAAAUGCGGCCGUUUGGGAAAAGUACAACCUUUACCUUUUUUAAUCAAUUCUCUCUCUACGAACAUGAUCCUGCCGCGCUUGGUCAAAUUCUCAGCCAGGUCUUUGACCUCAUCUUCACCGGCACCCUACGUGCUCCAAGUCCCCUGACUGUGUGCCAGCUGGACAAGGUUGAGGAUGCCUUCCGCACAAUCCAGCAGGGUAAACACAUGGGGAAAAUGGUUCUUUCUUUCCCCGCCGCCGACGAAAACGCAACAACGACAGCAGCCCCCGUGUUGCGGAAAGCCAAAGACUCACUCAAGCUGGACCCCAAUGUCACGUAUCUUCUCGUAGGUGGACUGGGCGGUCUUGGCCGCAGUCUUGCCCGGCAAUUUGUUGCCUCGGGUGCUCGGAACUUGGCCUUCCUUUCGAGAUCGGGCGACGGCAGCCCCGAUGCCCAGGCGCUCAUCAAAGAGCUGUCGGGACGCGGCGCAGUCGUCAAGGCGUACCGCGGCGACGUGUCAGACCUGGCUUCGUUCAAAGACGCCCUCGACAAGCUUGAAAGCGAUCUUCCUCCUGUCAAAGGCGUAGUCCAAAUGGCCAUGGCGCUGCGGGAUAUCGUAUUUGAAAAAAUGUCGCACGACUGGUGGCGAACCGGCCUGCGGCCCAAGGUGCAGGGAACUUGGAACCUUCACGAAUAUUUUGACAAGACCCGGCCACUCGAUUUCUUCAUCAUUUGCUCCUCCAUCUCAGGGCUUUACGGCUACCCAAGCCAGGCGCAGUAUUCGGCGGGUAAUACAUACCAAGAUACCUUGGCUCACUACCGUCGUAGCCAGGGGCUCAAGGCCGUGUCGGUCAAUCUGGGAAUCAUGCGCGACGUGGGUGUCUUGGCGGAGCAGGGCGCGACCGGUAACUUCCUCCUCUGGGAGGAAGCACUCGGCAUCCGGGAGCCCGCCUUUCACGCCCUCUUCAAGGGUCUCAUCAACAGACUAAAGAGCCAAGACCCUGCCUCGUGGCCCCCGGCACAGAUCACCACCGGCCUGGGCACAGCUGACAUCAUGUCGCGACACGGUCUCGACCAGCCGGGAUACUUCAAGAUUCCUCGCUUCGGGCCCCUCGCUGUCCUGAGCUCCGCGAGCGGUGGGCCUUCCAGCACGGGCGGCUCAGACGCCGUGUCUCUCUCUUCGCGCUUGCCCGAGGCUUCCUCCAAGGACGAGGCCAUAGCCAUCAUCACCGGGGCCCUAGUGGAAAAGGUGGCCGCCAUUCUGCAGAUGCCGGCGUCCGAAGUCGACUCGUCUCGUCCCAUGUACCGCUACGGGGUGGACUCGUUGGUGGCGCUUGAAAUCAGGAACUGGAUCACGACGGAGAUGAAGGCCACAGUCGCACUUUUAGAGGUUUUGGCCGCAGUGCCUAUGGAGGUCUUUUCUGCCAGGAUUGCCGAAAAAAGCAAGCUGGUCUCAUUUUAG